CAACGAUCAGUGUGAAUCGCGAGCUUCAACGAUGAGAACGUUCUUUGCCGUCAUUCUGUUGGCCUUGGUGUCGGGUUCAUGGUCAUUAUGCAACUUGAAUAUCCGGGAACCGUUUCCCGUUGUGGCCAAGACAUUUGGCAGCAAAACGGCGAUCCUCAAGCAACUGCUAACCGAAGUUGAAUUGUCGAACAACGAGACGGUGACCUUCUAUUGCCCCCAGGGUGUGAGGAUCAGUGGUCCAAGCAAUGGCUAUAACAAUCCGAGCGAUGACUAUUACGAUCCGACCGAAAGGACAAUCUAUCGGCCAACGGUAAUCAAUCAGCCAACGGCGGAUCUAACCUGUGGCAACGAUGGCAUCUAUUUGGAUGAACAGCGCAUCAUCGAAGUGACGUCCGGCGGUCAUGUCAGUUGCAAUGCGGACGUCACGCGAUCGCUGUACGAGAGCAAUGUCAGUUUGAUUGGCUGUGAUCCCGUCGAUGCUAUGACUUUGGUCAUUGGCUAUAAGCUAAAACGUUUAACGGAGGUGAAACUCUUGGCUUUGUGCUAUGACCUGAGUGCAUCGCAAUUGCGUUUUGUCAAUUUUCUGGCAUAUCCCGCAAAGAAUGUGCUCCUAACGCCAGCGAAUACGGACGAAGUGCUUGGGAGAUUGCAACUCGAUAAUAUCGUCAGUGGUCUCGAUAAAUAUUUCAGCUACAUCACAGUGUCGCAGUUCAAUGAGCUGAGCAAACAGCAAACGCAGCUGGGUGAACUCUACGAUGCGGAAAUGUUCGAUUAUUCGAGUCUACUGCAGGAUCAACAACAACAAAAGGAUCUGGAGCAAUACAAUCAUUUGCUAAACAUUGUUUGGCUACGAAAUUUACGCAAAGGCAAUUGGAAACACUGGCUGCAAGCAUUGCGUGCCGCUAACGAUGACGAUGACGAUAAAUUUGAGCUGCGUAUCGGUGUAUCGGGAAUGGCAACGAUGCCGCUCGGUCAGCGCUGCAAUGUGAGUCGCAGUCUGCAGCUGCUCGACAGCAACAGUGGCAACUCGCUGCAGGUCCCGGCUCAUGUGUGGGCGCAUGUGCGUUCACUGCAGCCAACGGGCACUGUAGCCGAUGAGUUUGUGCUUGUUGCCCACAACUCACCCUAUGUUGAUGUCUUGCAGUUGAGCACAUUUUGCGACGACAUUUGCCAUGAGAUCCCUUGGCUGCGCAAAAGUCUCUUUGCCGAACUACAUUUGCUGCCCAUCUUCGGUGUCGUUCACUGUUGUCGCGUCGAUCAAGUGGAUAAGCUAACGGACUUUGCUUACGGCAAGCAAAAACAACAGCAAGCACAACAACAACAACAACUAUCUGAUUCGUCACCCAAUACGACGACUGCGCGGCCUCUUAUUCAUGUUUAGUUUCGUUUAAGCUUGCCAAGCAGAGAGCAUAUUAGUCUCUCUCUCUCGCUCCUUCUGCAUCUGUCUUACGCGUCUAAAUAUAACUCACAAAGCAGCA